CAUCUGCCUCCUGUUCCUUAAAAAGUUUGGGGACCAGGGUACCGCUUAGGGCAACGUUCGCCCCUCUCCUCCGGCUUGCCUCAGCUCCUCACCCCUUCCAGGUCAGAGUCGGACGCCCGGGAUCAGAAGUCACUGCUAGAGAAGCAGUGACUCUGGCUGCCCGGUGGGCGUCCAGUAGUGAGGUGUCCGGUUGGGGAACUAUUUAAAGCAGAAGCCAGAGUUUGACAGUGUGGAACUAGAAACGACUCUCUAGACUGGAAGGUGUUAACAGAUAACCUUCAAAGACCCCUUCUCAACCUGAAUAGUAGGAAGCUGAGGAGCAUUGGCCCUUGACAUCUCUAGCAAUUCCUCAGGCCGGCACUUCCCACUCAAAACUAAACACGUCCUGUGGCGGCGUGGCCUGCGGGACAUAACCCAGGGAGGCACUCCACUCGGGGAGGCAGCCUCGGUGCGUCCUGACGCUCAGCUCUCGCCUUUUCCCUUCUAGGGUUUAUCACGUCUGCGCUUACUUUGCUCCAGGGAUUCAUAAUAAAAGCACUGUCUACAUCUUCCACCCAUACUCAGAAAAUUUUACCAACUAUAAUCCUGUAGAAACGCUAGUGUGAACCAGAAAGAAAAAAAAAAGAGUAAAGCUUGUUACUUUAUAUGGAACCAGAGAGGACUCUGUUUCCCAGAAAUAUGACAAAGGUAAAAUGCUGAUCAUAAUUUAGGGAAACAGCUCCGUGGAUUUAAAAAAAAGAUUGUCAGAGUCCUUGUCCUGCGAGCUGGGAGCCAGAAGGAGUGACAAGGAAGCCAUGGAAGUGCCAGGGAAAGAGGAAAUCAGUGUUGAAGAUGAAGCUGUGGAUAAAAGCAUUUUCAGAGACUGCAGCAAGAUUGCUUUCUACAGGCGUCAGAAACAGCAGCUCUCCAAGAAUUUCACCUAUCGAGCAUUAUUAGACUCAGUCACAACAGACAGAGAGAGCACCAGUUUCCAAAUCAUCAAUGAAGCAACUAAACUUCCUCUCCUGGCUGAAGUUUAUGGUAUAGAGAGAAACAUUCUCAGGCUUAAGAUCAAUGAAAAAACUCCACUGAAACCCAGGUAUGAGGUUUCUGAUGUCCUUAUCAGCAAGCUGAACACUGUAAGGCUGACUUCUUGCUCUGGGGAUACAGGUAAUCUGAUACUGUCUGAUGAAAAAGGAAAUCUGAAGUGUGAAGUCACAGCAAACCCGUUCAAGAUAGACUUGGUAUCUGAAAAAGAGGUUGUAAUGAGCAUAAAUUCCCUGGGACAGUUAUACUUUGAGCACCUACAGAGCCCUCCCAAGCAAAGAGCUACCAAAGAAAAUGAGAAAAGUACAUCAAUUGACACUUCUCAGGAAGAUCAAGAGGAUGUAGGACUGUGGGAAGAGAAAUUUGGAAAUUUCAUGGAUGUCAAAGCUAAUGGUCCUUCCUCCAUUGGCUUAGAUUUCUCCUUGCAUGGAUUUGAACACGUCUAUGGGAUCCCACAGCAUGCAGAAUCACACCAACUUAAAAAUACUAGGGAUGGAGAUGCUUACCGUCUUUAUAACCUGGAUGUCUAUGGAUAUCAAAUAUAUGACAAAAUGGGCAUUUAUGGCUCAGUGCCUUAUCUUCUGGCCCACAAACUGGGAAGAACUGUAGGCAUUUUCUGGAUGAAUGCCUCGGAAACACUAGUUGAAAUCAAUACAGAGCCUGCAGUAGAGUAUGUACUGACCCAGAUGGGCCCAGCUGCUGCUAAACAAAAAGUCAGAUAUCGAACUGAUGUGCGCUGGAUAUCUGAAAGUGGAAUCAUUGAUGUUUUUCUGCUGACAGGACCAACCCCUUCUGAUGUCUUCAAGCAGUACUCGUGCCUGACAGGUACUCAAGCCAUGCCCCCUCUCUUUUCCUUGGGGUACCACCAGUGCCGCUGGAACUACGAGGAUGAGCAGGAUGUCAUGGCAGUGGAUGCAGGAUUUGAUGAGCAUGACAUUCCUUAUGAUGUCAUAUGGCUGGACAUAGAGCACACUGAGGGCAAGAGGUACUUCACCUGGGACAAAAAAAGAUUCCCAGACCCCAAAAGAAUGCAAGAGCUGCUGAGGAGCAAAAAACGUAAGCUUGUGGUCAUCAGUGACCCCCACAUCAAGGUAGAUCCUGACUACUCAGUGUACAUUAAAGCCAAAGAACAGGGCUUCUUUGUGAGAACUCAUGAAGGGGGUGACUUUGAAGGAGUGUGCUGGCCUGGUCUCUCCUCUUACCUGGAUUUCACCAAUCCCAAGGUCAGAGAGUGGUAUUCAGGUCUUUUUUCUUUCCCUGCUUAUCAGGGAUCUACAGAUAUUCUGUUCAUAUGGAACGACAUGAAUGAGCCUUCAGUCUUUCGAGGGCCAGAGCAAACUAUGCAAAAGAAUGCCAUUCAUCAUGGCAACUGGGAACACAGAGAACUUCACAACAUCUAUGGUUUUUAUCAGCAAAUGGCUACUGCAGAAGCACUGAUACAGCGAUCUAAAGGGAAGGAGAGACCUUUUGUUCUUUCGCGUUCCUUCUUUGCUGGAUCACAGAAGUAUGGUGCAGUGUGGACUGGCGACAACACAGCAGAAUGGAGUUACCUGAAAAUUUCCAUCCCAAUGUUACUCACUCUCAGCAUUAGUGGGAUCUCUUUUUGUGGAGAUCUGGCACUCUGCAAUUUUUGGCUCUUCCUCAAGUCAAGUGACCAUGAAAAGCCUCUGUGGACAGAGUUCCCUAAUGAAUUAGAAACUUUUGGUAUAGAAGAUGAGUACAUGCUGGGAAGUGCUUUAUUGGUUCAUCCAGUCACGGAACCAAAAGCAACCACGGUUGAUGUGUUCCUGCCAGGAUCAAAUGAGAUCUGGUAUGACUCUAAGACAUCUGUGUGCUGGGAAGGAGGAUGUACUGUGAAGAUGCCUGUAACCCUGGAUACUAUACCAGUGUUUCAGCGAGGCGGAAGUGUGGUGCCAAUAAAGACAGCUGUGGGAAGGUCCACUGGCUGGAUGACUGAUCUGCCAUAUGGACUCCGCGUGGCCCUGAGCACUCAGGGUUCUGCAGUGGGAGAGCUGUAUCUCGACGACGGCCAUUCAUUCCAGUACCUCCACCAGAGGCAGUUCUUGCACCGGAAGCUUUCAUUCUGUUCCAGUGUUUUGACCAACAGAUGUGCUGAUGAACAGGGACAUUUUUCCAGCAAGUGUGUGGUGGAGCAGAUCUUGGUCUUAGGCCUCAGGAAGGAGCCAUCUUCUGUGACAUCCCACUCAUCUGAUGGGAAAGCUGAGCCGGUGACUUUUGUGUAUUGUGGCAGAACGUCUACCUUGAGCCUGGAGAAGCUUUCCCUGAACAUUGGUGCCAACUGGGAAGUCCACAUCCAGUGACAGAAGGGCCAGCCACCUGCACAGGCGUGGCCUGCACCUUUCAACCCUUGGCCUUUUUUGAGAUUUAUGCUUCCAUCUAAUCAGCUUCUUGGCUGAAAAAGAUCUUUCACUGGUUACUAGUGUACUGAUAAACAGUACAUUGUGCAUAUUAAGAUUUGAGUUUUUAAGGGCCUGUGAGAUAGCUCAGUGGGCUAAGCUGCUGCUUAGGCAAGUGCAGGGGUGGGGGUUCAAUCCC